CUGUUUUUAGAAGAGAAUCAAAUCCACGUCACCACAGCUUUCUCAAAAGUGAGAUUGGAAAAGAGAGAGGCGCUGAAUCGCAAGGCGAAACCGCUAAAACCCAGGAACCACCGAAACUCUGAAACCCUUUUAUUCUCUCUCUAGAAUAUAUAUACUGUAUACUACUCGUAUUAUAUACGCACAGAUCGAUAGGUCGAUUGCUUUUGCUCUUCGAGAAAGAAGAAAUUCCGGUGUUCCAAUGGCGGGUCACUUCCCAAACGACGCACAGCGCAUCGACGACGACGAAGAAGAAGUAAUGUACGAUCAAAUCCAACAGUUCCUCGAAGACCAAGCCAUUGUUAUCGAAGACCAAGACAUUGUUGUCGAAGACGAGGACGAAGAAGAGGAUGAAGAAAACGAUGAAGGAGAAGAGGACGACCCACACGAAGAAGACUAUUUACAUACCCCUCGGGCGGAAGUCUUACCUAGGGUUUCACCGGCACCUAGGGUUUCACCAGCACCUGUAAUUGGUCGGAGUUCGGAGAAUGUUGUUGAAGAGAAUGAAGAUAGUCAGAGAAGAAUGGGAGGGGGUGAGACAUCAUCGUCCCAGUGUAAUAGAGUUGAAGAUGGAGAGAAUUCGAGUGGAGGGGAGUGGAAUAGGAGUGAAAUUGAUGGUCUGUUUUGCCCUAUUUGCAUGGAAGUUUGGACCAACGGUGGCGAACAUCAAAUCUGUUGUCUUCCUUGCGGCCACUUAUAUGGUUUAUCUUGUAUAAACAAAUGGUUUAAACAAUGUAGAAAUUCAAGGAAGUGUCCUCAAUGCAACAGGAAAUGCUCCUUGAAGGAUGUUAGAGUGCUUUAUGCAUCACAAAUUGUUGUUGUUGAUCAAGAAUUACAGAAGAAAGUUAGAUCUCUUGAAGCUGUAUGUGUUUCUCUUGAGAAGAAGGAUGCUCAAUGGUGUAAGAAAGAAGUUGAGUGGCAGAGGAAAGAAGCUGAUCUGUGCCUAAAAAUAAACCAACUUACGGAGAGGUCAAGUUAUUUGGAGCGUUUGUUGGAAGACUCACAAAGCAGGCCACUGGGAUCAUUCACUGCAAGUGGGGUUUGUCAAGAACAAGUGAUAUUCGGACAUAAUGAUCAAGAAUUUGGCAGGCAAGGAUCCUCUAGCAGCUUUAUAUUGCAGAAAGAGUUGCAGGUAGAUGGUGCUCGAUUCUUUGAUGUGGAUGCUUCUAGUCAAAUUCUUAUAAUUGCCCGAAGACUGUCCGGAAUUGGAGGAAUGCAUGUGCUUACCAAAAUGAGCUUGAUAGCUCCAUAUGAAAGAGAAAAUAUUCAGCUUCCUGUCAAUACAAAAGCUGUUAAGGACUUGCGUGUUUCCCCUCAUGGCAGACUUGCACUACUGGCAUCCUUGGGGAAGAAAUUAUCAGUUAUCAGUACAGAAAGCAACAAUAUCGUUCUUACUUAUGAUUUACCGGCUGCUGCUUGGUCAUGUUCAUGGGACCUCAACAGUUCACAUUAUAUGUACGCAGGAUUACAGAAUGGCAUGCUUAUGGUGUUUGAUAUGCGACAAACUAUGAGGCCUGUUGAAUCUAUGGUUGGUUUGACAUGCAACCCAAUUCAUACCGUGAUCUCUCUUUCGCCUGAUCUAACUCUCUGUCCUGGUGUUAGAACCCUAUUAACCGCCUCUUCAGUUGGCCUGUGUCAUUGGAACGUUGGUGGCGUUGAAGAAAGGCCAUUUUUGGUUCCUGAAUCGAAGAAUCAAGGAGUUUGUAUAUCUCUUGCUUACUGUCCUAGCGGUAAUGACAUUGUUGCUUCAUUCCGGCCUAAGGUUGAGUUGUCUAGUGACAUGGCUGUUUCUCAAAUUUCACUUACCCCUUCCAAUUCUCUCAUGGGGCAAGCAGUGCGGGGCUCACAUGUUCUUUAUAAGAGAGUGGGUAGCAAAGGAUAUCAAAUAUUAGGAUCUACAUAUGCCAAUGUAAAUGAUAUUCGACUGCCAAAAUCUGCAAUUAUAGACAGAGAGAACCACAACCCAUUGUUUGCUUAUGGGGAUGAAGUAACAGGUGAAUUGGUCUUGCAAGAUUUGCCUUCUUUAAUGGUCGUUGAGCAUCUCAAAUCACUGAAACAUCCUAUUCGCGAUGUGAAGUAUACACAUGCUUUAAGCACCGGAUUACUCAGCUGUUUGAGUGAGGACAGCAUACAACUUUUUUCUUCCAAGUAUGUGGAAAGGUAACCUUUCUUAUCGGGCAAGGGACUGGCUUAUAUGUUAUUCUUUUGUUUGUCGCCACAUAUGGAUCCAUGUCACUCAGCGUUGGAAGUGCAGACUGGUUAGUUUGGUUGCUCUCUACUGGUUUUUGGGGUUAUUUUGAUGGUUUGUUGAACUUGGAAUGUAGUCCAUUUGGAUUUCCUUAAACAAGAUUGUAUAGAAAAUCUAGACUUCAGUGGUUUCUAAUCUACCCUUGUGUGAUUCCUGUUGAAGCAUGUACUCGGGGGGUGGGUGCAGAUUAUUUAUAUCUAUAUAAAAAUAAAUGUUUAUGUUUAACUAUGGUCAAAACAUUCAAUAAAUGCUCGUCAGUUAAUGAAGUGGGAUGCGCUUGCAACUGAUGGUGUCCCUAAAUUAGGUUUAAAAUUAAACAACCUGAAAAUGUAAGAUUUUAUUGUUUUCAUUUGAUUCCAAGUCAACUUGAUGGAAUCUGAGUACUGCUGCUUCCAAUCAAGUCGGAAUAAUUACCUUUGGGUUUUUCAUGAGUUUUUUAUUUGUUGAUUGAAUCAAGUCAAAUCAGUACUCUCAUACUUCAUUUUUAACCAAUAAUCCUUGUGCUCCUUAUUAGAGGACAAUGUGGGCUAUUAAAAGGAGUUGUAAUAAUUUGCG